AUGGCGAGGUGGAAGCCCGUGGCGGUGGGUGGUUGCUGCCCAGGGCCGACCGAGGCCGGCGCCAGGCAUGGCUGGCGCGGGGCCGCCAAGAAGGCAGCGGUCGCGGCGGUCGUGGGGUACCUGCUGCUGAACGUCGCCACGUAUUUCGAGGCUUUCCACACAAGAUCUGACAUGGCCGAGCGAUGGGCACUAAGGAGUCAAGCGCAAGUGGGGACUGCAGGUGGCCUGGAUGCUGCACAUGCGAUCGCCGGGGACGUUUCAAAUGUCGUAGGUGGCAUGGAAUUGACGCAAAAUCGGGACAUCCUGGACAAAUACAAGAGAUUGAAGGGGAAUCCCAAGGUGGCGCUAAUGUUUUUGACCAAGGGCCGCAUGCACAACGAGCCCGUGUGGCGUGCCUUUUUGGAGGCCGCCUCUGGCCUAGAUUUCCGGGAGCCAGCCCCGUUGCCAAGCCCCGUAGACCUCAGGCAAGUGGUGGGCGGGCCCCUAAAGCCGGAUGUGGCAACCUUCAGCAAGGAGGAGUACAUUAGCUAUAGAGAGCAGCACGGGUUGGACCUCGACAUGGAGAAGUAUGAGAAAUUAACAGGAGAUUUGCCAGGGGACCACAACGGUGUGUGGCACACUAGGAGACUACUGGGGAGCGGCAACGGGUUGGCAGAAACCCUAAACAACCAAGGCAGUUGCGCAAGAGAGGACCUCCUGCUGAAUGCCGCAAUCAAUAGAUUGAUGACAGGUGAUGUGCGCAUCGCAUUUCCCCAAACAGUUGUACACAAAUGA